AUUUUAGCUAUACCGUUUACUCUAUUCGGAUCACGCUACAGCAGCGAUUUGCCUCACCGUUAAUAAUUUUGCUUCGUUAUUUCAUCUUUAUUAUAACAUAACAAUGAGUUCAUCAUCUACUAAGUCAGGUCAAAGAAAAAACAGAUGGGCUAUUGAUUUAAAUCGUAAAGAUAAGGCUAUUGUAUCUUCCAAUGAUUUGCAACUUCUCGGUUAUAAUGAACGCCAGCCAGGCUCCGAUUCUAGUUCACGUGAAAAUAACCCUGAUUUAAUAGCAAAGAAAUCAUGGGAUAUCGCUUUGGGUCCAGUCAAACAAAUACCUAUGAAUGUUUUUUUGAUGUGGAUGGCUGGUAAUUCUAUAUCCAUCUUUCCCAUAAUGAUGGUUGGCAUGAUGUUCAUUAGACCUAUUCAAGCUAUGCUAGGAGCACAACAAAGUAAGCAGUUAAUAACGAAUUACUUUAUAUGUACAUUCAAUACAGUGUAUACAUUAUAUUGACAAUCAAUUUUUUCCUCCUUAUAAAAGCAUUCAAAAUGAUCGAAGGCCAGAAUGAAUUGUUGCAAAAAGCAACUUACAUAGUCGGGAAUUUGCUUUGCUUAGGCUUAGCAGUUUAUAAAUGUAACAGUAUGGGACUUUUACCAACUCAUCCAUCGGAUUGGCUUGCCUUUAUCCAACCUCAAGAGAGAGUUGAAUAUUCGAGCGGUGGAAUUUUGUUAUAAUUUACAAUUCUAGAUUAUUAAUUGCCUUUUUUGUCAAUUCGUUAAUUUUCUGUACAUUGUGUCUCCAAAUGAAAUACAAUUUAUAUAUUUUAACUAAUAAAUAACAAAGAAUAUUCAAACUUCGUCAUAUAUAUUAGCUCUUAAGUAGUUGUAUAAAGUUUAGGAAUUUGAUUAAGUGGACUAAAGUAAAGAAAUAUCAUUACUCUUCAGGUAACCUGCAAAGUAAUUACUUACUCCGUACAACAUUCAAAGAUCGAAUAAUAUUUACCAUUGUAUUUUUGGUCAAAUUUGAUUGACAUACUAUUUUUAAUAAGUUUAUUAUGUUUGCCUAACGUAUCAAUAAAGCUUUCUAACGAAUCAAGUAGCCAUUCUCCUGUGUGUGAA